UUCAGACUACUCUGAAUAAGGGGAGGAGUUGACCAACUGCCAAAGUAUUGUGAAACUCUGAAGGCAGCCGCAGAAAGUUGGUGAAACUUGCUGGAGAAAGGACUUCAGUAAAGCUCAAGUAACAAAAUGGCUGAAUUUCCCCAGCUGAGUGACAACCAGACUUUCUUGGCUUUUAUCUCCUAUUCAACCAUUGUCAUUUCAAAAAUGAUGCUAAUGAGUAUUAUAACAUCAUUCUUCAGAAUAACAAGAAAGGCUUAUGCCAAUCCAGAAGAUGCCCUAGCCUCAGGUAAAGGGGAGAAUGCUAAGAAGUUUCUUCGGACAGAUGAUAGAGUUGAACGUGUACGCAGAGCACACCUGAAUGAUCUUGAAAAUAUCAUCCCAUUCUUUUGUAUUGGUCUACUAUAUUCCCUGAGUAAUCCAGACUUUUCCACAGCUGUAUGGCACUUCAGACUCUUUGUUGCAGCUAGAAUCUUCCACUCAAUUGCUUAUUUGACACCUCUUCCACAGCCAAAUCGUGGAUUGAGUUGGAUGAUUGGAUAUGGAGUUACUUUUUCAAUGGCAUACAGAUUGUUGAAGAACAAAUUAUACUUGUAACAGACAACAUCAUUUUUUUUUUUUUAUCAUGUUAGCCUUUUGCUAAGAAAUUUGUUUCUCCUUGAUCUUAAAUGAAUCAUUUUUCCUUUGGGGUUAAAGGAAAUGGUGGAGGAGAGAAUUAGUUUUUAUGCCACCAUUAAUGGAAUCUUUGAUUUCAAAUUAGCAUUUUUAUUGGAGAUUCUCCAUAAUGGCCUUCAUUUUUUACUCUUUUGUUUUAUUAUUAGAGUAAUGAGUUUAAAAUCUUGCAUAUUAUGCAACUUUUAACUUUUCAAACUUUUACACACAAUGAUUUUGAUUUGAGUUACAUAGAUAUUAAAACUAAUGUAUGACAAUAAAGAACUAAAACACUGGA